CUCCCCGGCUGCGCUCAGCGCGCAGGGUUUAACCCGGGCUGGUCUUCCGGGAAGAGUAGCGUGUUCCCCCCGACCCAGAACACCUCUGGGCCUCAGAGACUAGAGGUCCUGGAGUGGGGCUCCAGGGGUCUGGCGGCACGGCGGGCAGCCCGUGCGGGCGGGGUGGGACCCCGCUAAGGCUUGGGCGUCGGUCGCCAGUGGGGCCCGGAGCCGGGCGCGGAGCCCCUGACAGUACAGACUCCCAGCGGCAGCAGAAUGAGUGCCGAGGCAAGUGCCCGGCCUCUGCGAGUGGGCUCCCGCGUGGAGGUGAUUGGAAAGGGCCACCGUGGCACCGUGGCGUAUGUUGGAGCCACCCUCUUUGCUACUGGCAAAUGGGUAGGUGUGAUCCUGGAUGAAGCGAAAGGCAAGAAUGACGGAACCGUCCAAGGCAGGAAGUACUUCACUUGCGAUGAAGGACACGGCAUCUUUGUGCGCCAGUCCCAGAUACAGGUAUUUGAAGAUGGAGCGGAUACUACUUCACCAGAGACACCUGAUUCUUCUGCCUCAAAGGUCCUCAGAAGAGAGGGAACUGACACAAAUCCAAAGACCAGCAAACUGCCCACCCGCCCAGCCAGCACUGGGGUGGCCGGGGCCAGUGGCUCCCUGGGCCCCUCCGGCUCAGCGUCAGCAGGUGAGCUGAGCAGCAGUGAGCCCAGCACCCCAGCUCAGACUCCGCUGGCAGCGCCCAUCAUCCCCACGCCAGCCCUCACCUCUCCUGGAGCAGCACUCCCACUUCCUUCCCCCUCUAAGGAAGAGGAGGGGCUGAGGGCCCAGGUGCGGGACCUGGAGGAGAAGCUGGAGACCCUGCGGCUGAAACGUGCAGAAGACAAGGCAAAACUGAAGGAGCUGGAGAAGCACAAGAUCCAGCUGGAGCAGGUGCAGGAAUGGAAAAGCAAAAUGCAGGAGCAGCAGGCAGACCUGCAGCGGCGCCUCAAGGAGGCUCGCAAGGAAGCCAAGGAGGCCCUGGAGGCAAAGGAACGCUACAUGGAGGAGAUGGCUGACACUGCUGAUGCCAUCGAGAUGGCCACUCUGGACAAGGAGAUGGCUGAAGAGCGGGCAGAGUCCCUACAGCAGGAGGCCGAGGUGCUGAGGGAACGUGUGGAAGAGCUCACUACUGACUUGGAAAUUCUCAAAGCCGAGAUUGAAGAGAAGGGCUCAGAUGGUGCUGCAUCCAGUUAUCAGCUCAAGCAGCUUGAGGAGCAGAAUGCCCGCUUAAAGGAUGCCCUGGUGAGAAUGCGGGAUCUUUCUUCCUCAGAGAAGCAGGAGCACGUGAAACUCCAGAAGCUCAUGGAAAAGAAGAACCAAGAGCUGGAAGUUGUGAGGCAACAGAGGGAGCGUCUGCAGGAGGAGCUGAGCCAGGCAGAGCGCACCAUUGACGAGCUCAAGGAGCAGGUCGAUGCUGCUCUGGGGGCGGAGGAGAUGGUGGAGACGCUGACAGACCGGAACCUGGAUCUGGAAGAGAAAGUGCGCAAAUUGAAGGAAACAGUGGGGGACUUGGAAGCAAUAAAUGAAAUGAACGAUGAACUGCAGGAGAACGCACGUGAGACAGAACUGGAGCUGCGGGAGCAGCUAGAUAUGGCCGGUGCACAGGUCCGGGAUGCCCAGAAGCGUGUGGAAGCAGCCCAGGAGACCGUUGCAGACUAUCAGCAAACCAUCAAGAAGUACCGCCAGCUGACCGCCCACCUGCAGGAUGUGAAUCGGGCUCUGACAAACCAGCAGGAGGCGUCUGUGGAAAGGCAGCAGCAGCCACCUCCCGAGACUUUUGACUUCAAGAUCAAGUUUGCCGAGACUAAGGCUCAUGCUAAGGCAAUUGAAAUGGAACUGAGGCAGAUGGAGGUGGCCCAGGCCAACCGGCACAUGUCCCUGUUGACAGCCUUCAUGCCCGACAGUUUCCUUCGGCCAGGUGGGGACCAUGACUGCGUUCUGGUGCUGCUGCUCAUGCCUCGUCUCAUUUGCAAGGCAGAGCUAAUCCGGAAGCAGGCCCAGGAAAAGUUUGAACUAAGUGAGAGCUGUUCAGAGCGGCCAGGACUUCGAGGAGCUGCGGGGGAGCAGCUCAGCUUUGCUGCUGGGCUGGUGUAUUCACUGAGCCUGCUGCAGGCCACACUCCAUCGUUACGAGCACGCCCUCUCUCAGUGCAGUGUGGACGUGUAUAAGAAGGUGGGCAGCCUCUACCCUGAGAUGAGUGCCCACGAACGCUCCUUGGACUUCCUCAUCGAGCUGCUGCACAAGGAUCAGCUGGAUGAGACUGUCAACGUAGAGCCUCUCACCAAGGCCAUCAAGUACUACCAGCAUCUAUACAGCAUCCACCUUGCUGAACAACCUGAGGACAGUACCAUGCAGCUGGCUGACCACAUUAAGUUUACCCAGAGUGCCCUGGACUGCAUGAGUGUGGAGGUGGGACGGCUACGGGCCUUCUUGCAGGGUGGGCAGGAGGCUUCAGAUAUUGCCCUCCUGCUCCGGGACCUGGAAACUUCGUGCAGUGAUACCCGCCAGUUCUGCAAGAAGAUCCGGCGGCGGAUGCCAGGGACGGAUGCGCCUGGGAUCCCGGCUGCACUGGCCUUUGGACCACAGGUAUCCGACACACUCCUCGACUGCAGAAAACACUUGACGUGGGUGGUGGCGGUGCUCCAGGAGGUGGCAGCAGCGGCUGCCCAGCUCAUUGCCCCACUGGCAGAGAACGAGGGACUGCCUGUGGCUGCCUUGGAGGAGCUGGCUUUCAAAGCAAGCGAGCAGAUCUACGGGGCCCCCUCCAGCAACCCCUACGAGUGUCUGCGCCAGUCGUGCAGCCUCCUCAUCAGCACGAUGAACAAGCUGGCCACAGCCAUGCAGGAGGGGGAGUACGAUGCCGAGCGGCCCCCUAGCAAGCCUCCCCCAGUUGAGCUGCGGGCUGCGGCUCUUCGUGCAGAGAUCACGGAUGCUGAAGGCCUGGGUUUGAAGCUUGAGGAUCGAGAGACAGUUAUUAAAGAGCUGAAGAAGUCACUGAAAAUCAAGGGGGAAGAGCUCAGUGAGGCCAAUGUGCGGCUGAGCCUCCUGGAGAAGAAGCUGGACAGUGCUGCCAAGGAUGCAGAUGAGCGCAUUGAGAAAGUCCAGACUCGGCUGGAGGAGACCCAGACGCUGCUGCGGAAGAAGGAGAAAGAAUUUGAGGAGACCAUGGAUGCACUUCAGGCCGACAUCGACCAGCUGGAGGCAGAGAAGGCCGAGUUAAAGCAGCGAUUGAACAGCCAGUCCAAGCGCACGAUUGAGGGGCUCCGGGGGCCCCCUCCCUCGGGUAUUGCCACGCUGGUCUCUGGCAUUGCUGGAGGAGGUGCUCCUGGGCAGCCUCCGGGGUCUGUGCCUGGCCCAGGGCUGGUGAAGGACUCGCCCCUGCUGCUUCAGCAGAUCUCGGCCAUGAGGCUGCACAUCUCCCAGCUGCAGCACGAGAACAACAUCCUCAAGGGGGCCAAGAUGAAGGCAUCCUUAGCAGCCCUGCCCCCUCUGCACGUGGCCAAACUCUCUCUCCCGCCCCACGAGGGCCCUGGCAGUGAGCUUGCUGCUGGAGCGCUAUAUCGUAAGACCAACCAGCUGCUGGAGACGUUGAAUCAGUUGAGCGCACGCACCCACGUGGUGGACAUCACUCGCUCCAACCCUGCUGCCAAGAGCCCCUCGGCCCAGCUCCUGGAGCAGGUGGCUCAGCUCAAGUCCCUAAGCGACACCAUUGAGAAGCUCAAGGAUGAGGUUCUUAAGGAGACUGUAUCUCAGCGCCCUGGAGCCACAGUCCCCACUGACUUUGCCACCUUCCCUUCAUCAGCCUUCCUCAGGGCCAAGGAAGAGCAGCAGGAUGACACUGUGUACAUGGGCAAAGUGACCUUCUCGUGCGCGGCUGGCCUCGGGCAGCGACACCGGCUGGUGCUCACCCAGGAGCAGCUGCACCAGCUUCACGAUCGCCUCAUCUCCUAAAUGCUUCUUCCCUCACUGCCCGCUGCCGCCCGCAGCCCUCCUGGAGCCGCUCUUCCUGCUGCGUAGCCACCAGGCGGCCCCGGGGAGAACCGCGUGUAAGCUCUUCCUGCCCUGCUCGGCGUCACGCCCCCCCUCGGAGCCCCGCCCCUGCCCCUUGAUCUGGGUUCCCCUGGCUCCCGCCCCUGGCCUCUGCCAGAGUUCGCUGUUCAGUGGCUCCCUUCUUCCCGAGGAGCUUCAGGGGCUCUAGGGGGUAGGUAGGUUGAGACCCCGCAACCACAGGUUGAAUGAGGUCUCUUCGACUGAGGACUUCACUCCUUGAUUAAAGCCGCUUCUGCUUCA